UUGAUAUUUAUGACUAAUUGAAGUGAUUGUAGUAUUAAUGUUAUGUCUACUGAUUGGGUACUGUUGUGCGAUGGAGGAGGAGUGGGAGAGGAUGAGAGGUGGCGCUCUGCGGUGAGGUACUACAACUGAAUGAGAGAGACCGAUCCCACGUCACGGAGGAGAGAGAGAGAGAGAGAGAGAGAAAGAGAGAGAGAGCGAGCCGAGCCUCCUCCUCGCACAUAGGACAACACACUCUCAGGACAAAAGACGAGCUGAACAUCGGUACCGACUGCACACGACUCAUAUCUUCGACCUGAAUUUCGGCUGUUCAGAAGAAAUUUGCGUAUUUACUGCACCGUGUAUUUCAGUGUCAGCUCUCGCCGGCGGAAAUGGACGAGCAUUUCGACGCACGAGAUAAAGUGGAGAGGAAGGACCGGGGAGUCUCACGAGCCAACGGCGUCCCGAGCCCCGCCCACAGCGCUCACUGCAGCCUGUACCGCACGCGCACUCUCAAGGCGCUCAGCUCGGAGAAGCGAGCCAAAAAGGUGCGCUUCUACCGUAAUGGAGACCGCUACUUCCCUGGCCUGGUGUGCGCCGUUUCCUCCGAGCGCUUCCGCACGCUGGACGCACUGCUGGCCGAGCUGACGCGCGCGCUCAGUGACAACGUGCACCUGCCCCAGGGCGUGCGCGUUAUCUACGUCAUCGACGGCUCGAGGAAGAUCACCAGCAUCAAUCAGCUGCUGGAAGGAGAGAGCUAUGUAUGUGGCUCCAUUGAGGCGUUCAAGAAGCUUGAUUACAUGAAGAACAUCAACCCCAACUGGUCUGUGAAUGUGAAGGCCACUGCAUCCACUAGAUGCAUCCCCUCCCUGUCCAGCUCUAAACCAGGGUCCCACGAAUGCAAAGAGACCAAGGACUUCAUCAGGCCAAAGCUGGUCACUAUCAUACGCAGCGGUGUGAAGCCACGCAAAGCUGUUCGGAUUCUGCUUAACAAGAAGACAGCCCAUUCGUUUGAGCAUGUCCUCACUGAUAUCACAGAUGCCAUCAAGCUUGACUCUGGUGCUGUCAAGAGGAUUUACACUGUUGAAGGAAAGCAGGUCACAUGCCUUCAGGACUUCUUUGGUGAUGAAAACAUCUUCAUUGCAUGUGGACCUGAGAAGUUUCGUUACCGUGAUGACUUCCUGCUGGAUGAGAGCGAAUGCAGGCUGAUGAAAUCAUCCUCUUAUGGAAAGAGUCUUCUAAGUAAAGCAUCUCCCAGGAAUGUGACUCCCUCCAGACGCAGCAAGUCACCCUCAGUGAACGGGACUCCAGCCAGCCAGCUGUCUACACUGAACUGUAUGAAAUCACCCAGUCCUACUCCAGCCAGUCCAGGGAGCCUAAAGAAGGAGAAGGACAAGGCAGGCACCAAACGUGCAGCCUAACUCCACAUACUCACUCAGAAGGGAAAUAGCAAUGGGAUACCUAGCAAUGGGGAAUCUCCUAAACGCUUUCACACACUCUAACACUCAUUUGGCCAUCAAAGGCAUGUGUGAAAGCCCAGCAGAUUUGUUCAUGGAGACCAACCUCUGCCUUUUAGAAGUUUUGUAAUGAUGAUGUAGACAUACUGUCUACUGGUGGUAUUAGAGUGUACAACUUGAACGAGCAUGCAACUCGUUAUGAUGUAAUGAUGUGUGUAAUGAUGUGUGUAACCACAUUGAAGUGUUCCAAAUCCUGCUGCAUCAGUUAAUGAUGAGGCAGUAAUAGAGUGUCCAUGCUCAAUCAAGACCCAUGUAAUUAUUUAAUUAACUCAUUAAUCUCUCUCUCUCAGUCUUUAUCUCUCUCUGCAUUUUUAUCAACAGCUCAAAAGCACUAAUACUUUGCCCUCAUUGUGUGUAUAGAUUUUCUAUCGGUGGCCCAACCUGGCAAUGUUUAGUCUUUUCAUGUGGUGCCAGUAUGUGGUGAAGUCAACAAAAUUGAGGUGUGUUAGAUUGAAGGAUGAAUAGAAGACUUCUCUGACAUCUUGCGCUGUAUUCCAAAAGUGGCCAUUGCUGGCUUCACAGGGUGUCUGGAGCUCAAUCUUUCCUUGAGUUGCCUGUAUAUGUUAGGAAAAAAUAUCCAGGAGAAUUUGUGGCACAGCUGUUGCUCAAUGAUUAAAAAAAAAAAAAAAAACUAACAUAAGAUUGUCCUAAAACUGAGCGCUGAGAUAGAGAGUGUUCCCUGAGAUAGAGAAAUGACUCUCUAUGCUCUCUGAGUUCAGCCUACCCUGUUUCAUAUUCAGCGCACAUAUCCGCACCAAACAGUGAUCACUGCAAGAGUGCUCGAAGCAAGAUGAUCUCAGUGUGCUUUGAUCUGAUGAGGAUUGCUUUGCACUUCUUGCUGCUUGCCGCUUCUCCAGAGGACAUUUUCAAGCAGUCAGAUGAUCGUCUCCAAGCAAGGCAGGAAUCUUGAUCGCUUCACAGCCAUCUGCCAUAUAAGUAGGUCACACUAUGAUAAGAAGCUCAUAUUUUGUGAAUGGGGGUAAAGAAGAUGAAAAGUGCUCCAGCAUAAAUGCAGCGUUGAGGCACUCCAGAACGGAAUGCUCCAGUUUUCUUCUUUGACAUUCAGCCACUGAUGUGAGCUAGCUGAAAAUGGCAGAAAGAGCUUUAAAUCUUUUGCGGCCUCUGGGAUUUAUGCUUAGUUUUAACUCUCCUACUUGUUUGGAGAGUCUAUGCUUCAUUACUUGAAUAAUGUGUGGCUCUCUGCAAUUAGUCUCCAGUGAUUCUUUUGCAAUUCAUUGCAUACAUUAUGCACAGUACUGAUUCUGCACAUCUCCUCAUUAUCUAUACACAUCAGUUUUAUUUGAUCUGACCGAGCAGUGAAUGUAUGCUUAGCACUGAACUAUUUAUACACAUUGAUCAUUCCUGGGUGAUCACACUUAUUAAUAAACAGUAUAUGAGAUAGGACUGCACAUAAAUGUCCAGAAAAUUUUGUGUCAGAAGGUUUUACGAUUAAAUACAUUUGAUGGGGCACAGUGGCUUAGAGGUUUGCAUGUUUGCGUCACACCUCUUAGGUUGGGGGUUUGAUUCACGCAUCCGCCCUGUGUAUGUGGAGUUUGCAUGUUCUCCCUGUGCUUCGGGGUUUUCCUGCAGGUACUUUGGUUUCCUCCCUCAGACCAAAGACAUGUGUUGUAGGCUGAUUGGCAUCUCUAAAUUGUCCGUUGUGUGUGCGAUUGCGCCCUUGUGCCCAGAGUCCCCUGGGAUAAGCUCCAGGCACCCUGCAACCCUGUCUAGGAUAAGCGGUACAGAAAAAGGAUGGAUGAUGUUGCAUUAGCAAUUUAUUUGUUUUUAUAAUCGAUUAAGUGGAAUUCCCAACUAAUUGACUAUUUGACCUUGACUCAAAAACAAAAAGGCAUUUGACUGGUAGGUGGCGUUUGUUUUUUUCUGCCUUUACUCAAUCUCUAUCAUACAUGCACAAAUGAUUUACACUUUUAUAGACAAUGUCGAUAAUGAAAACAACACCUUUAUGGAUGCUUGGAGACUAAGAUCAGUUGAGGGAUGUGUUUCAUUGAAUGUUAGGUGGCAUGUGUUAAGUAGUAUUGGAAUAUUGGUGGUCGUAGACUGAAAAGUGAAAUAAUUGGAGGAAUUUGGAAAAUAACUUGGAAGGGUGGAGAGAGGGAUGAAGUGUAAGCUGUUACCAUAGCAACAUCAGAUGAAUGGAAGAACAAAUAUGUGAAGAAGAGUGGAGGGCACUAGGGCAGGUAGUGUAGGAUGGAGUGAUACAGAGUAAUGAAGGACUGACGCAACAUAAGAAGAGGAAUAUUAAUGAAUGAAUACAAUACAAUUCAUGUAAAAUUUGUGGGGGGUUUUUUGCAUCAAAAAAUCUACAGCUUGAUUCUGGUUUUUGGACUACAGUUGUUCUGUUCAGUGUUUUAUAGUUGGUAUAGUAGUAUAAUACAUAGUGUGUCCUACUUUUCAUAAUUACACAAGAGUGGUAACUGCUCUAUAUGAUAGGAUAGUGUUUUGUAGUGUUUCAGUCCGUGAGGGGGUUUCCUUCUCUCAUAAUGUUCUCCAAUGCCCUUUGGCUCUGUUUUCCUGGAGAAGCACAGACCAGCAAUAUGCACAAUGUGUCUAUAAAGUCACAAUCUGUCUCAGUUGGCCAGGUGUCCCAGUCAUGGUGAUGUUCUGUCAGAAACAAAGCAAAAUUUUGAGAGAGACAGAGAGAGAGAGAGACAGACAGACCAAGAGAGAGAUACAGAGAGAGACAGACAGAGAGCGAGAGAGAGACAGACAGAGAGAGAGAGACAGACAGACAGAGAGAGACAGACAGAGAGAGAGAGCGAGAGAGAGAGAAAGAUGGUCAUUACUCAUCUAAAACAUUUUGCAGGUUGCUGAGUUGUUUGAGCAACAAUUUAGAAAUUCUUAAGAGAGAGAGAAUAGAUUACUUUUAUUUGCCGUUCAGAUUUAUUCAUGUUUGAUGGUCAUGUGAUCAGUUUUAGUGAUGAUACACCUUUUGUUCCAUUCCAUCCCUCCUUUUGUAUUUUCUUCAUUCUGCCAGUCAAGUCAUAGCCCGGCUUUGUACACCACAUUGUCUGUUGAGUUGCAUGCUCUUCUCAUUUGUGUGUAUGUUCACACAUUUUCAUGUCAUUUAUUUCACAAUAAUUGAUUUAGAAAUUUGUCAUUUGUUUAUUUUCUAUUGAAACAUUUUUUGUGUGUUUUCUAAAAAAAAAAUACAUGUGUAUCUGUCAUCUGUGCAUCAUACAUUAAAGUACAUUCCAUGCA